UCAGGCCAGGGGAGAACUGGCUAAUUUUCGCUUGGGGAGGAUGUGGGCCUGUUGGAGGGCUAGUCCGACGGCGUGAGGGUCUGAGAGGGCGUCGGUCGAGGAGGGCUUCUCUCUCGUAAGUGAGGUAGAAUUGCGCGUUGAGUGUGUGUUCGGGCCUUUUCGCUGUGUGGAAGAGUUUGUGGCUGAGGCUAUUGUGCGAUGCAAGUAAUAUGGUGCCGGAGCCUAUGAAAGCCAGGUUGAGAAGGAGGCUACUGUAACUGCACAGUUGUUGGAAGAGAAAAAGGUGGCACAUGCAUGAAGCAGAAUCAUACGUACACCUUUUUUCAUAGCCAACGGAGAAAGGCAUCUUUUCAGAGUCGAAGGUGACUGAGUGGACAAAGAAGGAGAUGGAACAACAGGACCCAGAAAGAGUGGGACAUGGCAAGAGAUCAAGGAAAGGCCCCCGUCCCAUCCAAGCUGGGAGUGGUGUUGAAUUCCGGGAGAGAGCUGUGCCGGAGAUCUGGAAUCAAGAGCCCCUGAACGUGGAAGUACUUUGCCGACGCUUCCGGCUGUUUGGUUACCAUGAUGCUGAUGUGCCUCGAGAAGUUUGCAGCCAUCUGCAUGGACUUUGCAACCAGUGGCUGAAGCCAGAGAGGCACUCCAAGAAGCAGAUCCUGGACCUGGUGAUCCUGGAGCAGUUCCUGACCAUCCUGCCCCCAGAAAUGCAGCGCUGGGUUAGAGGGUGCAAUCCGGAGACCAGUUCCCAAGCGGUGGCCCUGGCAGAGGGCUUCCUCCUGAGUCAAGCCGAGGAGAAGAGGCAUGCAGAACAGAGGUGGGAUUCCCCCGUGAAGAUCAAAACUACGUUCUCUGAGAGGGAAAGAGCUCCGUUGGAGGAAGGGCAGCAUGACCAGGAACUUGUCCAAUAUGCUGUCUUACACGGCAGUGAAGAGACAACACUGAUCCCUUCUGCUUGUGGAGGUGUGAAAACAGCUGCUGCACCUUCAGUCCAGUCUCUGGUUUCCUUUGGGGAGGUGGCCGUGUAUUUCAGAGAGGCAGAAUGGACAUUGCUGGAUCCAGACCAAAGAGCUCUCUACGAGGGCGUGAUGCUGGAGAACUACGAGAGCGUGGCCUCUCUGGCAGCACAAGUAGAAAAGAUAGUUGGAGGAUUUGAGGGAUUCUCUAUGGGAAAAGCCAAGGAUCAAGAUUGCAAAGGAAACUUUGAGGACGGAGACAGACCAGAGAGUAAAGAGGGAAGCCAUGCAGUACAGAGGAGAGACAAGCCCAUUCUGUACAAAGGAAGAGGAUUUUGUGAAGUCCCAGUCCAAGAAGUGAGAUCAACCCCAACAAAAAAGAAGGAAGGCAUCCAUGCUAACCAGAGAAACCUCUCCAGGAAAAAUGAAAAAGUGACCUUCAGAAAGACCUUCAGUAAGAACAUCAGUCUUAUUUCCGAGAGACAAAUUCCCUCUGGAGAGAAACUGUACAAUUGCAUGAAGUACGUGAAGACCUUCAGUCAGAAAUCAGCCCUUUCUUCACAUCUAAGAAUUCACUCAGCAAGAGAUGAGCAGUUGACUGAGGACCAUGAGCAAGUGCAUGAGCUAUUGCCAGAGAAAGUGAAGAAUGGAGAUUUGAAAGGAAACGUCAGGAAUCAAAGCAAACCAGAAAAACAGACAGAACGUCACAUGGCUGAGAAGAGGGAUGAAUCCAUUUCCGGCCAAGGACAGGAUUGCCAUGAAGUAAUCCACACACUAGAGGAAACAUAUAAGUGCUUGGAAUGUAGAAUGAACUUCUCAGAUCACAGUCAGUAUGCAAUCCAUUUGCAAAUACACAGUGGAAAGAAGAUCCAUCAAUGUUUGGAGUGUGGCAUGACUUUCCUUCGCAGAGCAAAGCUCCGGAGGCAUCAGGGAACACAUCAAGGAGAGAAACCUUCUAGUUCCUCAGACUGUGGCAAGAGCAUUUCACAAAAGUCAGAUUUUUUUCAACACCAAAGGACUCAUUCAGGAAAGAAGCAAAGAGAUUCAGUCAUAGUAGCACUCUUCAACAGCACCAAAGAACUCACACAAUCGAGAAACCUUUUCAAUGCUCAGAGUGUGGAAAGAGAUUCAGUCAAAGUGGCACUCUUCAAUGGCAUGAAAGUGAAGAAUGGAGAUUUGAAAGGAAACUUCAGGAAUCAAAGCAAACUGGAAAGGGAGAAAGGAAGUCACAUAGCUGAGAAGAGAGAUGAAUCCAUUUUCAGCCAAAGUCAGGAUUGCCAUGAAGUAAUCCACACAAAUGAGAGACCUUUUGAAUGCUCACAGUGUGGAAAGAGAUUCAGUCAAAGUGGCACUCUUCAACAGCAUCAAAGAACUCAUACAAAUGAGAAACCUUUUCAGUGCUCAGAGUGCAUGCAGCCUGCUAUCUCAUCUUACGUAACUCAAUACAGCUUGUUCUCCCUGAACAAUUUGGAAGCAGACAGCCUGUCAGGAAAUACUGCGUUCGUUCCUGGAGGCUCUACUCUUCACUUUAAAUCUGAAAUUUAA